GGGGAGCGCCGUUCAACCUAACCUGUACGGAGGGUGGGGGAGAGUGCUCCGGUUGAGUGGCAGCCGACGUAUCCAAUCGGGAGAAGGAAUGUGCGUCAGCGCACCCCAGCGGAGGCGGGUAAUUGGUCCGGACAGCCAAUGGCUUUGAAAGGGAGGCGGGGUAUCAGGGUAGGGUGUGCGGUGGCAUGGUGCUGAAGGCUGCCUCAGACUGGAAUUCCCUCGGCGUUACGCGGUCGCAGGGAUUUACUUUCUUCCGAAGGGCCGGGGCACAAGAGGAGAAGCCGACUUCGAUGAUUUAUGCUGGGGCCGGCUGGUGGAAGUUUGCGCCGCUCUCCUCGCACAGACAAAGGGCUUUGACUUGACGCUGCCCCCGGCCGCUGGAAGCCCCCCGAGCGCCAUGGGGGUGAAGGUGAGGACCUUCGGCAUCGUCUUCGACAGCGAGGAGCUGAGCAGCUACUCCAGCGGCGACCUGGUGGCGGGACAAGUGCUGCUGGAGGCGAGCGACGAGCUGGCCGUGGCUGUCGUGCGGCUGGAGGCGAAGGGUUGCGCCCGGGUGCACUGGAGCGACAGCCCGGCGGCGCCCAGCGCCCCGGCGGCGCCGCGGUACCGGGAGGAGGUGGUGUACCUGCAGCAGCAGCAGGUCCUGCGCCAGGCCCCAGGUGAUCAAGGAUACUUCAUUUUACAACCUGGGAAACAUGAAUUUCCAUUCAGUUUUCAUCUUCCACAAGGGCCAUUGGUCACAUCCUUCAGUGGAAAAUAUGGCAGUGUUAAAUAUUGGGUGACAGCAAUAUUGGAGCGGCCUUGUGUCUCAAAUCAAGUUGUGAAGAGAGAGUUCUCUGUAACAAGUCAAAUUGAUGUUAAUGCACCGUAUUUUUUGUCUUCAGUCUCAAAGAGUAAAGAGAAGACAAUUGGUUGUUGGUUUUUUACCUCUGGACCAAUAUCACUAAGUGCCAAAAUUGAGAGAAGUGGUUUUUGUAAUGGUGAAGCAAUCCCUAUCUAUGCAGAGUUUGAGAAUUGUUCUUCACGCCUUAUUAUGCCAAAAGCUGCUAUUUUUCAAACACAGACUUACCUUGCAAAUGAGAAAACUAAGACCUUUAGACAAGUGGUUGCAAAUGUUCGUGGAAACCACGUUGCAUCUGGUAGUACAGAAUCAUGGAAUGGAAAGACCCUCAAAAUUCCACCAGUGAACCCCUCUAUCUUAGAUUGCAGCAUCAUCAGAGUGGAAUACUCUUUAGCUGUCUAUGUACACAUUCCAGGUUCUAAAAAGCUGAUGCUGGAGCUUCCUAUAGUAAUAGGCACAAUUCCGUAUAACAGCUUUGGAAGCAGAACAUCUAGUGUUUGUGGUAAUAUCAGUAUGGAUAUGAGUUGGCUUCAACUCGCCCUACCGGAACAACCUGAAGCUCCUCCCAACUAUGCUGACGUUGUGUCUGAAGAAGACCUUGCCAGACAUUUUCCCUCUCUUCCACAAGCUGACUAUUUGGAGCAUGAAUUUGGGAGCCCCAUAUUCGCAUACAUUCAAGAGUUCAGAUUUCAGCCACCACCAAUUUAUUCAGAGGUUGAUCCCAAUCCUGCCUUUUCUGAAGAAGUGCAACAUGAAGUAUCAUUUGAAAUUUGAGGAGGAUUGUCUGUAACUUGAGGUCACGUGAUUUGAUUAGUUCAGAGUGGAAGUAUGGAGCACCUCAGCUGCAGGAGGAACAUCUUGAAGUGAAUUAUGAGAAGGUGCAGAAAAAUCAGUUGGCAGAGAGAUGAGGAAGAAGGACUAAUGUUAAUACUGAACUGAGGGGUUGAAAAAGGGAAAAUGUAAUCAAUCCAAACAUGACAGAGUAAUGGACACCACCGCUCUCAAGAGUUAUAAGCACCCAAAUACAUUGGAUUUUGGACUUGCUAUUUCGGUAGCAGCUAAUGGUGGGUGAUGAUGCAAUCGCUAACCAAUCACUAUCUGUCAGUUAAAGGAGAAAAGCCUGAACUAUUAGGGUCUGCUGAUCCUUGAAAACCAACAACUAAUGUUUACGUUUGCAUUUCUGUGCCCUUAAAACAACACGAUAGUGUUGCAUUUUUGAGAGGGUAUUUUUCAGUUAUUAAAAAUACUGCCAAUGUUGCUUUAAUUGGUGAGCAAAUAGCUUCAGAAAAUAGUUGCCAUAUCUGCAUUUGUAGUUACCAAAGAGUUUGGGUUUUUUUGGUUACAGUUUCAGUUAUAAAUUUACUCAAUUGACGUAUUUGUGGUGCAUAAUCCAUUUGUUGCCUUUACAAAUGCAGUCCAGCUGAAUGGUGAAGAAAUUAGUUUCCCAGCCCAAGUGCUAUCUGAAUACUUAGAGCAGAUAGGGGCUGAGUGGUGGUGCUAUCCAUAAUAGAAGAGAUACUUAGGACAAUAGCAUAUGCUGAUCAAUUGUUCACUACUAUGUCUGACAACUGGCUUUAAUGCUGUGUAUUUUUUAUGAAGGUAUUUGCAGGAUUUGUUUUUGACUGUGGUGUUUGUCAGUUGUUGAGAGAGUACUUACACAGGGAGUGGCUGGAUUCCAAGAAAGUAUGAUAAAUUUGCAUGUAAACUGUAUUCCUAAAUUAAUGGCUCAUAUUGUAAACGAGCAACUUCUUUUAAGAAAAAGAUGACAAAUUGAAAUCUUGAGCAGAUAAAUGUCAUCUCUGCAUGUCCUAAACAGCAUUUUUGGAGUAAAGGAACACAAAAUUUGGGUUUUUGAAACUUUUGCGCAUACACAAGUGACUUUAUUUUGGGUUUGCAUCCUUAAAGAACACUUAUGAGUGGCAACCUUGCAUUUAAUUUAUCAAUGAAAUACAUUAGUGCUUCAUGUGGAAGGUUGAUGAGAAUUACUGCUCCCUUUUUUCUCCAGAUACUAUUGAUAUUUGCUGUUUAGAAUUCCCAAUUUGAUUUGAUUUGGAAAUUUUAAUGGUGCAAUAUUGUUUCUCAGGGCUUUGACUGUAGUGCACUCUUAUUUUUUUUCUUGUGCUUGUGGGGCUGGGGAUACUUUUGUUCUAAUAGCUGAAGAAUCUUGAUUCUUAUUCCUGACUUGUUACCUUUUUUCAAUUGUUCAGUGCUGUCAGUUGGUAGCAAUGAAAACUGGAAAUUUGUUUUCUUAAUUACAAACCAUACUGGCCAAUCAAGAAGUGAGAACUCUUUCCAUUGGUAUCUUUAAUUGUAUUAUAUCAGCAAAAUGUUGCUUUGAGUUCAUAUGAAUUAUAUUUUGCAUUUUCUAACACUUGGCAAGGUAUCUUUUGAACCUUGUGUGGAGCUAAAGUGAAGCUAGAAAAAUUGUAAUCUUGACAAGUAUGGAAUCUAAUGUCUUAAGCUUAAUAUAAAAUAAACAAUGCACUUGGCUUUUGGAAAAUGUGAAAAUUCUGAUAUGGAACUGGUUACAGAAGUAAAGACACUACAAUGUUAAGUGUUGUACAUACCCCUUGUAGCUUUUUAUUUCCAGACCUUUUCAUUAACUGUGGUGGGGAGUUUGACAAUUGUUUGUAUCUGUAAAGUGGCCUUGUUUAUGUUAAGUCUUGGUUAAUCGUAAAGGAAGAGGAGCAUUUCAAAUGGAAUGGAAAAACAUGAGCACAAAAGUGUUACUUUGAAUGUGAAAUUAUACAAUAAGCUAAACGUGCUUUAUCCUUUGCCGUUAAAACUGUGACUUUUUCCAUUUCUUUGCACCUUGUUGCAAAGGACAGUGUAUUUUGUACUAUUUAAAUCUAAUGCAAUGUUUUAAUAAAAUUUUGUUUUUGGAAAACAACUGUCUUCACUAAUAGAACUUAAAUUCAUUCCCUGUAAUCAUAUUUCAUGGGAUGGAGGCAGAAAUUGUAUUUC